UGUGCUGUAAUUAGUUAAGACUUGGAUGAUAAUAAUAAUAAUCAGCAACCUGCAUUUUAAUUAUUAUUAUUAUUAUUAUUAUUAUUAUUAUUGCAUUUCACUCAAGAAUAAAAGUGUGCAAGAUCCUGAAAUAAGUCAGUCAUUUAGAGUCAGCUGAGUUCAUGUAAGACAGAAGUUUAUUUGUAGAUGAUGAUGAGGACGAGCACCAAAAACAGGAAAUGAUCACACAACUAGUUUACAAUAGCUGAAAAAAUUGAUGCUGUGAAAUGCUAACAUAUUUCAUCAAACCUGCUGUUUGGCUACACUGAGAGAAAAAAAGUGAAAUGUUGGAGUUUUUUUUUUAUUAUUAUUAUUAUUAUUUUCCCCACUUUAUUACACAUUUACAUCACAAGACAGGGAACAUCCCAACAUCUUAAGACACAAUUACCAGAAAAAACAAAAACAAACAAACAAAAAAAAAAAAAACAAGGAGCAAGACUUGAGAUGAACUGGACUCAAACAAAAAUGCUAAGUAUGUGAAACUCAGCAAUGUUUCCACAAAAUCACAAAGAAAUAAAGUAAAGGGAGGUUUAUAUUUCUUCUAUUUACAUGUUUGAAUGUGAAAUUUACCCAACAAAAUGACCAUGUUGACCACUAGGUAAGAAAUUGGAGGAUUCAAAUUAACCUUGAAAAUGAAAAUCUUGAAAAACUAAGGGAAGAUUGUUAUUAAUUUUCACUGGCAGCCAGUUAUAGAUUAUAGAUCUAUAACAUUUUAUAGAUCUAUAAUAUUUAGAGGUAAAAUCACAGUAAUAAAAAAGGUGUUCAAGUGUUUCAGGAAAGGAAGAACAGAAAGCACAAGGAUCCUGUAGGCACAAGGAUCCUGUAGGCACAAGGUUCCUGAAGGAAGAACAGAAGACACAAGGAUCCUGAAGGCACAAGGUUCCUGAAGGAAGAACAGAAAGCACAAGGAUCCUGUAGGCACAAGGUUCCUGAAGGAAGAACAGAAGACACAAGGAUCCUGAAGGCACAAGGUUCCUGAAGGAAGAACAGAAAGCACAAGGAUCCUGAAGGCACAAGGUUCCUGAAGGAAGAACAGAAGGCACAAGGUUCCUGAAGGAAGAACAGAAGGCACAAGGAUUAUGAAGGAAGAACAGAAGACACAAGGAUCCUAAAGGCACAAGGAUCAUGAAGGAAGAACAGAAGACAGAAGGAUCCUAAAGGCACAAGGUUUCUGAAGGCACAAGAUUUCUGAAGGCACAGGGUUCCUGAAGGCAGAACAGAAGUCUGAUCCUGAAAGCACAAGGAUCCUGAAAUUAAGAACAGAAAGCACAAGGAUCCUGAAGGCACAAAGUUCCUGAAGGAAGAACAGAAAGCACAAGGAUCCUGAAGGCACAAUGUUCCUGAAGGAAGAACAGAAAGCACAAGGAUCCUGAAGGCACAAUGUUCCUGAAGGAAGAACAGAAGAUACAAGGAUCCUAAAGGCACAAGGUUUCUGAAGGCACAAGAUUCCUGAAGGCACAGGGUUCCUGAAGGCAGAACAGAAGUCACAAGGAUCCUGAAGGCACAAGGUUCCUGAAGGAAGAACAGAAAGCACAAGGAUCCUGAAGGCACAAUGUUCCUGAAGGAAGAACAGAAGAUACAAGGAUCCUAAAGGCACAAAGUUCCUGAAGGAAGAACAGAAAGCACAAGGAUCCUGAAGGCACAAUUUUCCUGAAAGAAGAACAGAAGAUACAAGGAUCCUAAAGGCACAAGUUUUCUGAAGGCACAGGGUUCCUGAAGGAAGAACAGAAGAUACAAGGAUCCUAAAGGCACAAGGAUCCUAAAGGCACAAGGAUCCUAAAGGCACAGGGUUCCUGAAGGCAGAACAGUCACAAGGAUCCUGAAGGCACAAGGUUCCUGAAGGCACAACAACAGGCACAAGGUUCCUGAAGGCACAACAACAGGCACAAGGUUCCUGAAGGCACAACAACAGGCACAAGGUUCCUGAAGGAAGAACAGCAGGCACAAGGUUCCUGAAGGAAGAACAGCAGGCACAAAGAUUCUGAAGGCACAAGCUCAAACUGAAAUCUUUUCUGUAAAAAUUCCAUAUGUUGAUGAUGGUUUGUGUUUUGUGGAUGGCAUUGUUUUCUCCUCUCACACACCCCUUGCAGUGUUUUCCGGGAUGGUGAGUGUAGCCUGCUCCGGCUGCUCUCUCUCUGUCUGUGUGUGUGUGCGAGUGUGUUAGAGUGAGUGUGUGUAUGUGUGUGUGUGUGUGUGUGUGAGAGAGAGAGAGAGAGAGCUCAGUGUUCGGGCAUCCCCCCAUGGUCAAGGACGAGGUUGACGCAGUGAGUUGAGUAGUGGCUCAGGACGCUGGGACACUGCGGCUGGAGUGUAGAUCACCCCUGGAUUUCAGCACAGGCCUCUGAAUGAAGUGAGCUCAGAUGGACCGCAUGAAGAUUAUUAAGAGACGCUUGUCUAUGAGCCUGCGCAGUGCCCGGCCAGUGGACGAAAACUUGUCAGAGCUUGCAGAACACGCAGCAGCAGAUGAGCCACCUACGACACGGGAAAAUGAGUCCAUGGUUUGCCCUGUGCCCCCUCCCGCAUCCCAAAGUGCCCCUUCGUUCUUGCGCCACUACGCAGGGGGUUUGGGGCGCGGCGCGAUGCGUAGAGACGGCCUGGACCGACCCUACCUUUCUCUUCACCGGACUGGCUCUCUUGGCAUAGUGCAUGAAAAUGUGAAAAUGGGGUCUGAUGGAGAGAGUGAUCAGGCAUCAGGGACUUCAUCCGAUGAGGUGCAGAGUCCUGUCCGAGUGCGAAUGCGUAACAACCACUCACGGCGUAUCUGCAAUGAGGACAUUAAUAAGCGUCUAUCACUGCCGGUGGAUAUCCGUUUGCCGGAGGGCUAUUUGGAAAAAUUUGCUAUGAACAGUCCUCCCUUCGAUAAACCCUUGAGUCGGAGGCUACGGCGAGCUUCACUGUCUGAAAUUGGCUUCGGGAAACUGGAGACAUACAUCAAAUUGGACAAACUUGGAGAAGGAACCUACGCAACAGUGUAUAAGGGGCGCAGUAAGCUGACUGAUAAUCUGGUGGCUCUGAAGGAGAUUCGGCUGGAGCAUGAAGAGGGUGCACCAUGCACUGCUAUUCGUGAAGUAUCCCUCUUGAAGGAUUUAAAACAUGCGAAUAUUGUCACUCUUCAUGACAUCAUCCACACGGACAAGUGCCUAACACUGGUCUUUGAGUACCUGGAGAGGGAUCUAAAGCAGUACAUGGAUGACUGCGGGAGCAUCAUGUGUGUUCAUAAUGUCAAAAUCUUCCUCUUUCAGCUGUUGCGAGGACUAGCAUAUUGCCAUCGCCGCAAGGUUCUACACAGAGACUUGAAACCCCAGAAUCUGCUCAUUAAUGACAGGGGAGAGCUCAAACUCGCCGAUUUCGGUUUGGCUCGAGCCAAGUCUGUACCUACUAAGACAUAUUCUAAUGAGGUGGUCACACUCUGGUACAGACCGCCAGACGUGUUACUAGGAUCAACAGAGUACUCCACUCCUAUUGACAUGUGGGGGGUUGGCUGUAUAUUUUAUGAGAUGAUUACAGGACGGCCUCUCUUCCCUGGAUCUACAGUAGAGGAUGAACUUCAUCUCAUAUUUCGCAUCCUCGGCACUCCUACUGAGGAGUCCUGGCCAGGGGUCAGUACCAGUGAAGAGUUCAGAAACUACAACUUCCCUCGAUAUCGCCCCGAACCUCUUGUCAAUCAUGCUCCCAGGAUAGACAGUGAUGGUGAUGACUUAAUUAUAAAGUUGUUACAGUUUGCGGCAAGGCAGCGUAUCUCAGCAGAAGAAGCUCUCAGGCAUCCCUACUUCAAGAGUUUGGGGGAGCAAGUGCAGCAACUUUCUGACACGGCCUCCAUCUUCUCAGUGAAGGAGAUCCAACUUCAGAAGGACCCAGGAAAACGUACAAUAACAUACUCAGAGUCAGCAAUGCCCCAUAAGAUGGCUCCAAUGCGUUUGGAAUAUUUCCAGAGAGAGGGAGCAAAGUUGAAUCCAGCCCCCUCUUCCCCCUCUACUGGCUGACUCAUUAUACCACUCUGCCCAGGGGAAGUCCCGUCGACAGAGUGUACUGUUUUAGAAAUGGGCCCUAACUGAUGACAUCACACCUAAUGCACGAACAGAAUACUUUACCCCACCACGACAACGGAGGAAGAACCUGAAACUUUGCACCACACAGAGGAGGGAAAAGACUUACAGACAGUUGAUCUGAGGAAAUCUUCACUACACGAUCAAGAAAUAGGAUUGCACUCUUCAAUAAAAAUGGAAUAGCUUCACUCAUUACACACAUACAACUUAUGAAGGAAUGUGAGAACCAUCUACAGCUGCUCAUAAGGAUAUAUAGGUUUAUUCUUAUAAUCGAAGAGACCGAUAUAAAAGAAGAUGAGACAAAUCAAGAACACUUACAUCACACAGAUGGGAUAGUAAUCUACUUUAAUCCAGGUCAUGCUGCGUAGCCCGCAUUUGUUUAUAUAAACUUAAGCAGUAUACCUCAUUUCUCUCCAUGCAUCCAGCAUUCAUUUACCCAUGUGGUUGUCCAUGUUAGUGUGUAUAUCGGCAUGCUGGAAAGAUUAGUUGGGAGUCUCUCGUGUGUAUAGUUGCAUUAUGUUUAAAUAUUGCCUUUUAAUAUUUUCAGUAACCCUAAAGAAACUAUCCACUCAUACAUACAUACACACUGUUGUGUUGGUACGAACUGUGGGUUCAACUAACCCUGGCACCUUACACUAGUUAAGCUCAGGCUGUCUUCUGUAAACUCAUAACUAACUAAUGACCAUGGAGGACUGGAAGCUGAAAGAAGAUAUGGAUAUGACACUGAAUUUCACAGUGCAUGAUCAGCAAUGCUGUCUUUAUAGUGUGCACUACAUGACAAUUCUGAACACUUCGGAGCUGUUUUGGAUGCUGUCCAAACAGGAAGGUGUAUUACAAUACUGAAGAGUAUUAUGCUCCUUCGAAGUGCUCACUAGAUGAAGAGUACUCAUUGUGGUAAGCAGAUAGACUUGCCCUGUAUUGUGUAUGAUUAUUAACUAUUUUAUUAUUUCUCUCCGGACAUGAUUUCCUAUACUGUGCCCUCCAUUAUUAUAUGGACCCUUCAUGGAAAUGAGCAAAAAUGAAUAUAUAAAAAGAAUAACACAUGCAAUAAGUGAUUUUGAGCUCAAACAUGCAGGGAUAAUUUGUAGUUUUUUUUUCCCCUCAAAUUCAAAGUUUUAAGUAGGGCAUAUUUUUCCAUAAAACUCUGGUUUCAAAAUGAUCAGCAUCUUUAAAGUUAAUAGUUUAACUUAAAGUUAACAGCCCUAAGUCUCUCCCUGAAAUAUCUAACAAGGUUGGAGACACUUUAAGAGGGAUGUUAGUUCACAUCUAAGCUCCUUUGUAUUCUUGGGUUUGUGUAUGUGCACUUCACCUCUUCAAUUUAGAUCACAGGUCUUCAGUAGGGUUCAAAUCCAGAGACUGAUAUGUUCAUUGCAAAACAUUGGUUUUGUUUCUUUAGCCAUUCCUGUGUUGAUUUGGAAGCAUUUAUGGCCAAGUCUGAAUGUCCUGGCAGAGGCACCCAGGAGUUGGGCUGAAAUAUCCUGGUACAUAGCAGAAUUCACAAUACCACAAGGGCCCCAAAGCAUCAAUGAUCCACUGCCAUAUUGGAUCAGAUGCUCAGAUAAUUUAUCAGAUGCUUGUCAUUGUUUGCAGUCGCCUUUUGUUGCUGAUUGUAUGCAGGACCAAAACAUUUGAUUUUGGACUCACCUGACAACGCCACACGUUGCCAGUCAUAGUUCUAAUGACACUUGGUGAAGUUCAGAGAAUCAUUUUGUGAGAUUGUCUCAGAAAGGGCUUCUUUCUUGCAACUCUUCCAAACAGCUCAUUAGAGUUGUUAACUGUUUAACAGUUGACUUUCAGAUUUGACAAUCAAAGGAAUUCGAAAGGAAUUUAUCUGUUUUUUUUCACCAUCCUCCUUACAUUGUACACAUAACUCCAGUUCCUAGCAAAUUUGCAGCUGUGUCAAACAUAUUAAACUUUUUGUUACAGUCCUAAUUUGGCGUAAAGGUAAAUUUUUUUAAUUGCUUAUGCUUUUUUUUUAUAUCCAUUACCUGAUUUGUUAUUUUCUGCAAUCAUUUUUGCUCAUUUAUUUUUAUUUUUGUUUAUUUUUUUUUAUGACGAGGGCCAAUAAUUCUGGUGGGCACUGUAACUUCCCCAUGGCUGCUGGGAGUCCAGUUACCCAAAUGCAUCAUUGCACCAAGAUAUAUAUAUUUUUAAAUCUAUCCUUUAUUUAUUCAGGUCAGUGCAAUUGAAAUUAAACACUUUUUUCAGGGGAUCCCUGACCCAUGUAUUCACAAGUACCAAUAUCAUAAAAUCAUAAAUCAGGGAUCAUGUUUCCUCUAAUGGUUCAGGAGACCUGAACACUAAGGGGGCAGCUGACAGUUCAGAUGAUCUUAACACUACAGUGUUUUGGGGGAAACUGUCCAGAUUGUUGUGAGGCAUGCAUUUCUACUGUGAGUUAUGUCCACUGGGAAAACACUGCUCAGUUGGUUAGCAUAGCCAAGGACUAAACUGUUUGACUUCAUUUUUGUUUGUUUGUUUGUUUGUUUGUUUUUUCAAUACUUCUUACAUAAAUUGUUUUGUCAUGCAAUACUAAAGAAACGAACAUAGUACUACAAAUGCACAGAACGUUCGGCUGCCUUACAUGUUCGGCCAAAAAUAACGAAUAAUCCGGACUUGGCCAAAUGAGUAAUAAUGUAGAAUAUUUUGACUGAGUAUGUCUCACUGUUGUGUUUUUUCUGCUCUGUUUGUUGAUACCUUUUAAGUUAAAUUAGACUAUGAGAGCAAUACAGUUGCAUCGCUUAAUAAAUAGAUUAAACAAAGAACUGUUAAUGGUGCAGUAGAUAUACAAUGAUUUUAUGUUACAAAAGAUUUUGCUCAAUGCACAAGGGUUUAUGCCUUUACCUUUAUGUUGUUCUAUUUUGUUUUUCAAAAUAUUGUGGCUUUCUAAUUCAGUUUCACUGACAAGCAUAAAAUAACAUUACUAUCAUUUAUGCUACAAUCCAAAACAAUUUGGCAAAUCUGGUACUGAUACUUACAUGGUAACGAAUGCAAACAUCAGAUCGAGCAACGAAACAAGCUUUGCCUGUCUGUGAUAACAGAAGUAUGCUGCAUAACUGCUUAUAGUAUAUAGGACUAUAUAGGACUAUAUACAGUGUAAACUAGAGAUCUGAAAAUAAACUGUAAGGGCAGUGUACAGUGCAGUGUACAGUGUACCCUCCCAAUUAUUAUAUCUCUUUUUGCUGUAUUGCAACAUCAGAUUUAAGUAUAUUAGAAUGGGAAUUUGUCUGCUCAUUUUGAAGUGAGUCUUUACAGAAAUAAAAUUAAAUAAAUAUAAGUCCUCAGAAUUAUUUUUAAAAAAAGUCUAAAAACUGCAUAAUUGAUAAGUAUUUAAUACCCUUCCCCCUUUUUUUGCAAUCUAAAUUAGGACUAGUAUUUAAUUUUUCAAGAACUCACACUAAAUAUGUUAAACAGAGUAUACCUGUGUCUAGUUGUAUGCUCGCACAAUACUGACUUUGGGAGGUCUCACAGCUAAAAUGGCAGAUCAGGUCAGUCAUGCUGUCAUGAAGACCAAGGAACUGGCUGAGAAGCUUUGAGAUUUUUUUUUGUUGGAGAAAAAAUCUGGAGAAGGUUAUUAAAGCAUCUGCUAAUCUUUGAACCUUCUCAGGAGCACUGUGAAAUCCAUUAUAACAAAGCAGAAAAAAAUGUCUCACAACCCAGACACUGCCUGGAUUAGGCCAAACUAAGUAGGAAGGGGAAGAAGGGCAAUUCUCAGAGAAAUGCCCAAGUUACAACACUGAAGGGGUUCCAGAGCACUGGCUGAAAUAGGAGAACAUGUGCAGACCUCAACAAUAUCAUCAGCUCUCCACAGCUCUGGCCUCUAUGGGGGAGUGGCCAGAAGGAAGCCACUUCUGAGAAAGGCUAUAUUAGAGAAUCUGAGAGGUUUUGUAAAAAGAAUUUGUGUUCUGAUGAGACUAAAGUGGAGAUAUUUGGUCCAAAGCUAAAGCAUAAUGUUUGGCACAAACCAACCAAAGCCCAAUUCUCAGGUAUCACCAUUCCUGUGACCAAGCAUGGCGGUAGCAACACAUUCUAAGGUUGCUUUUCAGUAGGAGGAACUGGAAAGGUUGUUGCCAAUAGAGGCAACAUGUAUGGAGCCAGUUACAUGCAAAUUGUCAAAGAGAACCUGUUCCAGUCAGCAAGAGCAUUUAGGGCAAAAAUAUAUGCUCCAACAAGACAAUGAGCCAAAGCACAAGGCAAAAACUACAAAGGAAUAAGUUGAAAAAAAGAAGGUUUUCGUUUUGGAAAGGAUGAAUCAAAGCCCAGACAUAAAUCCAACCGAAAAUCUGUGGCAUGACCUGAAAAUUGCUGUCCAACAAAAUUCUCCAUUUAAUUUGGCAGAGUUGGAGAAAAUUUGCAUUGAGGGAUGGAAGAAGAUGCCAAAAAUCAAAAUGUGCAAAGCUCAUAGAAACACAUCUGAGACAACUCAAAUCUGUGAUCACUGCAAAAUGACAAUUCACACUGAGGCUGUGAAUACUGAUCAGUUAAGCAGGUUUUAUAUUUUACAUGUCUUACAUUUCUUUUUAAAUACUUUUGUUUACAUCUAAACAAUUUAUUUAAUUUUAUUUCGGUAGAGAGUCACUUCAAAAGGACAAGAAAAAAAAUCGCAUUCUGAUAUGCUUAAAUUUGCUGUUUCAAUACAGCAACAUGAAAAAUAAUAAAUCAGGGGGAGAAGAGGGGUGAAUACUUUCUGAGGACAGGGUAUGUGGUGAUGCUUCUCUUGUUAUUACUUUGUGUUUGUCUGCUGAGAUAUUUUUGGGGAUGAACAAGGACGUAUAUAUCACAUUUUGCUUACUUUACCGUUUGCUAGUAGCAGAAAAAAUGUUGUGUUUUCUGAAAUCAUUUGUUAGAACACCUUUUGCAUUCCAUCUAUGUCAAUUAAACUGCAUUCGCAGUUUCAACUAGGAACCCCAUCAUGUAGACAUAACUAUACUAAAGCCCUGUAAAACAAUUGGUCUCUGUCAUGUCGUGGCUUCUUUAAAAGGGAUAUCAUUAACAAAAUGAUAUUGGAUGAUACUGAUAUUGGUUGCAGGGCACUUUUGUGAGCAAGUGAUUCUGUCCCCUGCACUUAACAGGGGUUUAAAACUGAAGCCAAAUUGUCUCUGAGGCCCUCUACUCGCUGGCUGCAGUACAAUUUUUUAACCCCACCCAGUCCCAUACUAAUGAAUGGACAACAAGCAAAAUUAAAAUUUUAAGUUACAUUUCCACAGAUUAUUGUCAAGUUCAGUUGACCUUGAUAGCUCCCCCAGUAUUUUUCUUUAUGAUAAAUGUGUUUUAUAGGAGUUGCUGAUAAACAGCUAACGCUUGAAAUAUCUUAAGGUUAGCCAGUCACUUCUUUUUAAACAAACUGCACUGAUGGAACAAGUGGAAUAUUAAAGAGCACACCUCACCAUUCAGAUGAGUAAUUUACUACAGGUGUCAGAGCUAGCUGAAAAUCAUGGAGAGCAGCCUUUUUUUUUUUUUUUUUUUCCUCAAAAUGUUGACUGCUGUUUAACAGUAUAUUUCGGACGGUAAAAAAGGCUUCAAAACCCGCAAUGCAGCCAUUGUUACAGACACUCCGGGAGCUCUUGCAGACACUGCAGACUGUAAAAUACCACCAUUCUGAGUGUAGUGAAAGAACCGGAAAUGCAGGAGCAGUACUGAAGUACUGAAGGAGAAGUGUUCUUUGUAUACUGCCCAAUAAGCAGUGUGGGACUGAACGAAUGCACUGCAUGAAUUCAGCAGCAUUUUUUUUAAAAAAGAUGCGGACAUAAACAUGAAGUUUGUUGGGAGUAUGAACAUGUAAAAUUUGAUUAAGUUCCAGUAUAAAAAUUAUAUUAUAUAAUGUGCCUAAAUGCAGUGACUGCUACUAGUGUAACUACCCUGUAAGGAAGCUCCUUUAUUAGCUAGGGUUAAUAAAUGAGAAUAUUGGACCUACAUGUGUACUUUCAUCAGAUAUACUUAUACAAGUCAGUAUAUAUAAGUCAGAUAUACUAUAUGGCCAAAAGUAUGUGGACACCUGACCAAUCGCACUGAUAUGUGCUUGUUAAAUAUCCC